AUGGAAGCUGGAAAGUUCCUAGGAUUCAUGAUAACCCAAAGAGGGGUAGAAGCUAACCCGGAGAAAUGCCAAGCGAUCCUCCAGAUGAAGAGCCUGGGUUGUAUCAAGGACGUCCAGAGAUUGGCGGGACGACUGACCUCGCUAUCCUGGUUUCUCGGAGCAUCGGCAGCAAAGGCCCUACCUUUCUUUAACCUCAUGAAGAAAGGGAUAGCGUUUGAAUGGACGCCCACGUGCGAGGAAGCUUUUAGGCAUUUCAAGGAAAUCCUGGCGGCGCCCCCGGUUCUCGGGAAACCAAGGGUCGGGGAGCCGCUGUACCUAUACCUCGCCAUAACAAGAGAAGCCCUGGCCGGGGUUCUGGUAAGAGAAGAAGGGAGGGCUCAACAACCGGUCUAUUUCAUGAGCAGAGCCUUACAAGGGGCAGAAUUAAGGUACAGCAAACUGGAAAAACUAGCUCUAGCACUCUUGACCUCUUCACGGAGGUUAAAACAAUACUUCCAAAGUCACCGGAUAGUCGUAAGAACAGACCAAGGGAUCCGACAAGUGCUCCAAAAACCCGACCUGGCGGGAAGGAUGAUGACUUGGUCCAUCGAACUUUCCCAAUAUGACAUACGGUACGAGCCCCGGCAAGCAAUCAAGGCGCAAGCAAUGGCAGAUUUUCUAGUAGAAGUAACGGGAGAUCCAACUGAAGAAGCGAGCGCACAGUGGAAGCUCCACGUAGACGGAGCCUCCCACCAGACCUCUAGGGGUGCCGGGAUAAUCCUGGAAAGCCCGGUUGGAGUCGUAUACGAGCAGUCGAUCAGGUUCGAAUUCCCCGUUUCGAACAACCAAGCAAAAUACGAAGCCCUCAUAGGGGGCUUAACCCUAGCAGCGGAAGUCGGAGCAACGAGGUUGGAAAUAUGCAACGAUUCACAAGUCGUCACCUCCCAGGUAAACGGGAGCUAUCAAGCCAGAGACGCAUUAUUGCAAAAGUACUUGAAAAAGGUCAAGGAUUUGAGCCAAAAGUUUGAAGAGGUCACGAUCCACCACGUGCCCAGAGAAAGAAAUACACAGAAAGAUCUCCUAUCAAAAUUGGCCAGCGCCAAGCCGGGAGAGGGUAACCGGUUUCUUAUCCAAGGUAUGACGAGGGAGCCGGCGAUCACUCUACACCUAUCAAGGCUAGGCCCCUCAUGGAUAGACCCCAUCACCAACUUCUUAGAAAACGGCAAACUCCCCGAUGACGAAAAGGAUGCCGCGAAACUAAGAAGGGAAGCGGCCAAGUACGCGAUCAUCCAGGGACAGCUAUUCAAGAAAGGAAUCAACCAGCCCCUACUGAAAUGCCUACACUCCGACCAGACGAGCUACGUCCUCAGGGAAGUCCACGAAGGUUGCUGCGGACAUCACAUUGGGGGCAAAGCCUUAGCAAGAAAGUUGAUCCGAGCUGGAUACUAUUGGCCGUCAAUGAUGGCAGACUCCAAAGAAUUCGUCAGAAAAUGUGCCAAGUGUCAAGAGAACGCCAAUUUCCACAGGGCACCGGCCUCUGAGUUAAGCCUGCUAACAUCCUCCCGACCAUUCUCGCAAUGGGGAGUCGAUCUCUUGGGGCCCUUCCCAGUUGGUCCUGGGCAAGUCAAGUACCUCAUAGUCGCCAUUGAUUACUACAUCAAAUGGAUAGAGGCCGAGCCGCUGGUGAUAACGCGAUUCGGGAUUCCAGAGGUCGGUAUCUCGGACAACGGCACACAGUUUAACGACAAGAAGUUCACGGAGUUCCUCACCGGCCUGGGUAUAAGACAGAAGUUCUCCUCGGUAGAGCACCCCCAAACAAACGGACAGGUGGAGUCUGCGAACAAGAUUAUCCUGUUAGGGCUCAAGAAGCGAUUGGAUAAUAAAAAAGGUGCUUGGGCCGACGAGCUAGCCUCGGUCCUCUGGUCUUACCGAACAACCGAGCAAUCCUCCACUAAGGAGACCCCUUUCCGACUGACAUACGGGUUAGAUGCGGUAAUACCCGUGGAAAUUGGAGAACCGAGCCCGCGACUACUUUUGAAAGGAGUGGAGGAAGCCGUGAAAAAGGACCUAAUAGAUGAAGCCAGAGAAAUGGCCCAUUUGGCGGAAACAGCGCUGAAGCAAAGAAUGGCCCUGCGCUAUAACACCAAAGUGCUCAAAAGGGAGUUUGAACCGAACGAUCUCGUCCUAAAGCGUAACGACAUCGGCUUACCGACCCCUGGAGUAGGCAAGCUAGCGGCAAAUUGGGAAGGCCCCUAUAGAAUAAAAAAAGUGAUGGGUAAAGGCGCUUUCAAGUUAGAAAGGCUCGAUGGCAAAGAAGUCCCUAGAACGUGGAACGUAAACAACCUGAGAAGAUUCUACUCCUAG